AUGAGUAUAUUAGAUGCAUUCAUCCGAGAUUUGAAGAACCCACGAAUUCGAGAACGGUUAUUAGAAAAUGCCAGUAUUUCGUUAGAAAAAGCUUAUGAUCAAGCUAGAGCCUUAGAACUUGCAGAACAUCAUUCUGCCUCAUAUUUAAUAUCUUCCUCAGCACCGGUAGCUGUUGCUGAACAGUGUGAGAACAAAAAUGACGAUAGUGAACAAUUGGCAGUAGUUGCUCCUAUUCGAUCCAGAAAAUGUUUCUUUUGUGGGAGAGAUCUUCAUUUACGAAUUAUUUGCCCAGCUAAGGAUCCAAUAUGUCAAGGAUGUGGCAAAAACGGCCAUUACCAAAAGGUAUGCAAAUCCAAACUUUUACGCAGUACUACUAAUUCCACAGCCGCAGUUUAUACACUAGCAUCAGCUUAA